AUGGUUUUAAAACUUUUUAGGUACAUAUAUGGUGACGAAAAUCCGACUGAAGUUACAGCUGAUUUGCUGGUGGCGGCAGAAAGAUACUGUCUCCCACAUUUGCGAGAACAUCUGCAGGUACAGUUGCUGCCCAAUCUCACUGUGGUUCAAGCCUGCGAUAUUGUCGAGGGUCUAGAAUAUAGGCAACAAAACGAUGAAAACUGCCCUGUAAAGAUGGCUUGUUGGGCAAAGAUGGAAAAACAUGCUCUGAGAAUCUUUGUUACUGAUCUUGUCCUUCAUUUAAGCAGAUCUACUCUCAUUAGACUUCUCGAGUCGGACGACUUAAACAUACCCGAUGAAGCAUACGUUUUCUGGGGUGUAUGGCGGUGGGGCCGUAAGUUGUGCUGCAAAAGUAAUCGACCAUUAACAGAAGAAUCAGUCGCUUCUUUUCUCGAUGAUCUUCUAGUUCUCAUGAGAUGUUCUUCUCUCAGACGUAGAAAUGGAAUUCCGGAAGUAGCUUUGAAACGCUUCAGCCGUUGCCUGUGUCGUAGAAGCAGAUAUUCACCUCCUGAAGAUUCCUUGGAACAGUGCACUUCCUUCCGCACUUGUGGACACUGGGAGGAUGUAAUCCAACCAAAGAGCGGAGAGAAAGGAACACUUUGUCUUCAAAUGUCAUUUGACAGAGAAGUUAUGCUUGUUGGAAUUACCUUAGAAAUCUGCGCAACUGGAAUGUCUGAAUCUUUUAUUCGAAUCUUUAAGGAAACUGAUGGCAGUGAAAUCCUACGACAAAGAAUAUGCUGGAAUCGCUGUACACAAAGGAAGCUGAGUACAUCCGGGGAGUACGAAUCCUGGCACGAAUCUGAUCUCAUUCUUCACGAAACCCUAUUCCUUGCUCCAUCGGAAAUAUAUUCGGUAUAUUUGUAUGGAUGCACUGAUCCUUUCAAUAUGCCAUGUGUUUCUGUAACUAACCGAAGAAGAAGAGUAGCUCAGGCUUUUGCCACAUUACAUGGUCAGAUGAUCAUGGCCGUCAGAGAACUACAUAUAGUACCAGAUGCAAAAGCCACAUGGGGUCCACGAUGCUGCUGAAAUUAAUAUUAGAAAAUAACAUCUGAAACUAAGAAACUGAAUAUUUUAAAUAAGCCUACCACACCUGUGUGAUUUAAAAAUGUAGUACAGUAAUGAUGAUGAAAAUAGUAGAAAGCAAAGAUCGAAUGGACCAGAUGAUGAAAAUGGUUGAAAGCAAAGAUCGAAUUCUAUAUUAAAAGGCAAAAAUAUUAUUGGCGAAGAAAGAACUUCACUUAGAUAUCAUUCAAUGUAUACCUAGCACAAGAAUAUGAAUCAUUUCCUACAUAUUUUAGGUUUGCGCAGCGCAUUCUCCAGCUAUGCAAGUUGGCGUUGCCAUUUGCAUAAACGGGCAAUGAUAUAUUAUUUAACGUACAUUUAAAUAUUACGUAUCCUUUCUUAAGUUUACAUCUAAGAGGGAUAAUUUAAAUUCAAAAUAAAAAAUCAUGACUAACAAGAAAAGUACGUGUAUCCAGCUAUUAUUCAUCUUUCGUACCUGCAACGGGUUUGAGUGACCGACUUCCUGAAACUUCAAGAUACUAUUUGUUCUUGUUAUUGUAGUAAGGCGAUUCUGUAUUCAUGAUUAAGAAUUUACUAAAUUUCACUGAUUAUUGUUAAAGUUACUUGGUACUUUUUCGUUUUGCCGGCGCAAGCGAUAAAGUCGCCAAUAAUGGUACAACCGAUGCCAAACGGAAUAUUCUCGCUGGUAACCUUUUACGCCUCAUUUUCAAAACAAGUCGCAGCUUUUUCUUACCAU